AUGGAUAAUCAAAACUUCGGUUAUCCUCUGGAAUCAACUGUCCAGAUUCCGCGCUCUGUGUCAACCGACAGCAUCUUGCACAUUAUCAAUCUCUUCCUCGACCGACUGCACGCGUCAAUGCCUUUCUUUGAGCGCUCCUACCUUGUCGAUAACAUCCACGCUCAACGGCCCCUGUACGAUCAGUCCUUCAACGCACUCAUCCAUGCAGUCAGCGCCUUGACCGUCUUCCAGAUGAUGCAAAAAGGAUCUGAAAACACCAGCUCAGCAGUUGACAUUGACAAAGCAGAAUGGCUACUCGCAGAAGCCGUACGACUACACUCUCAUGCCGACUUUGGCGAAAACCCAGUCUUGGAGCAUGUCCUCACGAGUGUCUUUUUGUUCGGUUGCCAGUUUUCCAAAGGUAAUCAUCACGCUGCUAGAUUUCGGCUUCGAGAAGCAAUUACGUUGGCUGAAACAAUGGGAUUGGAUGAUCCGCAAACGUACGAGAAUAUCUCGAGGGAUGAGAAAAACAGGAGGUUAAGGACAUUUCUUUGUUUAACGGUAAUUCAUCGCGUAUACGCAAUCCAAAGAGACAGCCCCAUAAACGACUACCUUCUUACCAGCAGCCGUCUCCACAUCGUCCGCACCACCCUAACCCAACUCUCCACCAACUCCGGCCAGCCCGACGAAAAAGUCGUCGCAGGCCUCGGCUACAUGGUCGACCUAAUCGACUUCGUCGACUCCACUUUCGUCAAAUGCUGGCGCAACCAAUGCUGGAAGGAGCAAAACCCCACACACAUCUCCGCGAGAUCCGUUUCCAUGCUGCUGCAACGACACACAGAGCCCAUGUCCACGCACAAAUCCCCAAACGACGCCCAGCGAGCAGACGUCUUGGUUACGAGACAUUGGAUCUGCCACAUCCUGUGGGAUCUCGGCUCCCGCCACGGGUUCCUGCACGCAGAAAACACAGUCGUCCAGAUGCGACCGGAUUACGCCUUAACAAUCGCACGCGACAGUAUCGACACGUGCGAAUCCCUCGAUAUGACGUCGCUAGAAUGCCACGGAGUCGGACUUGUCGAAAAACUUUAUGAUAUCGUUACCAGUGCGAUUAAGGCGACGCAACCGACCGAGCUGGGCCCGGCGAUGCCGCAUUUGUCAAGUAGUGCUGCGCCAGGUCAGGACAGAGAGGCUGUGCUAUCGUGGCCGGUAGUGGGGUCGGUCAUCGAGCCUGCUUUGAAUGAGGGAGAAAGGAGCACUUGGCACGAGGAGAUAGUGUGCCCGAAAAGUACGCCACGUUUAGCUGAUUUCGUAAAUCGGUUUCUGGUCAUCUUUUCGUCGUUUCGGGGCGGGAAACAUCCGUACUUGAAGCCGUAUAUGCGGAUGCUAUAUGAGUUGGAUCUUGUUUGA